AUGUUAUUUUCAGUAGAAGAUAUUAUCAAGGAAAGAAUAAGGCCAAAUCCAACUAACGGAUUUAAAUCCUAUGAAGUUCGAGAGUCCAAUUCUGCUAACCGUCAACCGUCAAUACAUAGUGAUGACGCUAUGCCUCUUUCUUCCCCCACUCCUUCAACACUACAACCACGUCUUUCAACGUCACCAUUUUAUACCCCACAAGUUCCUGCGACACCAGUUCUCGCAUCACCAGUUCCUGUGUCACCCAGAAAGCAGUCGACAUCAAGUACCCUCAUAAAUGAGGCCACUGUCGCUGCCGCCAAUUUGGACAAAAGUCGACAAGGUACCUCAUCGUCAAACGGUUACAGAACAAUCGAACAUUUGGAAAAAGGUAUUCAGCAAGUGAAAGACAAUAAUUUCACACAAGAAUUAAAACAUGAAUACGAACAUGCAUUAGAAGUACUUAGGCAAUUGAUAAAAAUCGAACAAAUGAGAAACAAAAUAUUAAGACUAACUCAAGCAACGAUAGCUGAAUUACAUAGUUAUGCAAAGCCACCAGAAGAAAUCUCAACAGUGAUGAAAGCAACAUUUUUACUUUUGGGCUAUUCGAAUAAAGAUUUACAGCGUUGGUCUCAAAUACAAGCUCUUCUUGGUCGAUUAGGACGAAAUAGUGUUAAAAGAAGAUGUUAUGAAUUAAAUCCAUUGGAAAUACCAAUGGAUAAAGCUCGAGAAGCAAAAGCAAUUUUACGAAAUUAUGAUUUACUACGAGUUAGCGAAAUAUCUGUGGGUUUAUCAGUAUUUUACAAUUGGACAAUGACAAUGAUCGAAGAAAGAGAAAUGUUAUUGGAAUUUCAGCAUCGCAUUCGAAAAACAUCGUAA